CCACCCGCGCCGCGCUCCUUUCUGUGCGUGUCCUUUUUCUGAACCCACCCUCUCCAUCCACGCUCCUUUGCCAGAGUCACCCCCCACACAUUCUCUAACCUGCUCUCCUUUUCGUCCGUUGUAACCCUCCUCUCCACCCUCGCUUCACUCCUCUGCCUCUCCCGACGCCGCCAUGGAUGAUUCGCAGACAGCCUUCAUUGCGCAAUACCCCGGUUACAAUUUCGAUCUCGAUAUGAUGAAGGUGAGCAUCCGUGUUGGCUUGCUGGUCAUUUUGUUUGCAUUAGAACGUUCCUGGGCUGUUUUUCGGGCAAGAGAGAGGGAUCCAGGGCCAGUGUAUGGAUGGACGCAGACGGCCGGGUGGCUUCUACACAGCACAGAUGCACACUGCGAGUGGUCACCUUCUGUUCACGGGCAACACAAACUUGCUCUCAUUGCAGCGUCGUCCUACCUACGUCUAUCUGCUGCCAAGGUCACGUCCGUGAGCUCAUCCGGCUGUGCGGUGCGUCUAUGGCUUCCGAUGUUCUGUUCAACAGAUGUACACUCCAAGAGGGUGGUAUAUAGCGCUGGCGAUAGGUUCCCGAGUCGCGUCGGCUCUACUGGGUUUGCGAUCUGGGUGUCUGACCGGAAGCCUGAUGCGCAGACGGUGCUUGUCCAGCGGGGUGCACUUCCGUCUCGGCGGUGACCGCGACUCCGAAGACCAGUCGCCAGCGCCAUCCGACUCUCUUACGCCGACGUGAUAGGGAGCCAGCGCUUUCCACAACUCACGCGCUUGUAGGGAGUCCUGUAUACGGACUGAUGCAGAUUGCUGUGCGAGCC